ACGAUGUUGCUGUCCAGCCGCCGUUGCUUUUGCACUCUUAAUUUUCAGCUGUUAUCAGAAUUCACUGAAACGUACAUGCACAUUCGAAAACAGCGUGAUAAGAUGAGCAUCAUUAGAUUCUAACGAACGGGACUAACGGUCCGACGAACGUAAAAGGAAACUGUUAUUUACAUGACAAUUUACAUUACGCUACUCAUAGGCUCGUUAUCAGUAUUUUAAUUGCAAAGCUAUCGCCAAAAUUGUUUAUUGUUUAUAUUUUAAUACAAACACUAAUAGGUAAUGCCAUUAGGCAAGCUUUCCAACGGAAGAUCAAGGAAUUUUUUUUACAAAUAUUAGUAAAAGGUCACAUUUGGUCGCAAAUGUACGAAUGUUGCAAUCUGCAAAGCAAAUGUGUAUUAUAAAACAUAUUUUUAUUUAUUAUUAAUAUUUUUUUCUUUGUAUGUUUAAUAAACUUUGAACUAAAGCGAUUUCCGUUGAAAAUUGCAUGACAAUAUACGGUAUUUAUACCAAUUUUGCAAAUUACACUUAAACUAGGACUUCCCUAAACGAAAAAACAUUUUUUUUUAAUUUGAAAAAUAAAUAAUGAAACUAUUAAGUUUAAGCUAUAAUAAAGAAACUGAUAUAACUAAAAUUUUUAAAUAAAAUUUCAUUGCUGUUAAACUACUUAACGGGGAAAAAUAAUUAAUUUUUAAUCUUAGAAUCACAUACUUCAUAGGUUUUAUUAUUAAUUUCUUUCUUAUCUACACUUUUACUCGAACCAAAUUGGGUUAAUCCAAACGUUAAUACACCCUUCACAAAUUAAAAAAAUUUUCAUGCAAGAACUUGAUUUUAAUCAGUCAGUUUGUAUGGCAGCUAUAUGCUAAAGUGUUCCGAUCUGAAAACUGAUUUUUCGGAGAUUGUAGCGUCGCUUUGGACAAUCAUCUAUGCCGAAUUUCGUGAAUAUAUCGCGACAAGUUUGCCAUACAAGGCCAUUAUUUGAUCGAUCAGCUUGUGUGAGAGCUACUUAUAUGCUACACGGGUCCGAUGUCAGCGAUUCCGACAUAUGAGCAGCUUCUUGGGGAGAAAAAGACAUAUACAAACCCUAUUCAGGGUAUAAUAAUUAAAAGCUCGAAUAACGGUACAACUUGAAAUGGAUACGGUUCAUAUUGCGCUACAUAUUUAAAUUAAUUAAUUUUAAAUUUAUUGCUGAAAGUUGUUUUUGUUCAACAAAUGCUAUACCUAUUGUAAUACACACGCGCACGGCUUUUUUUUUACAUCAAAUGCAAUUAGCAAUACACAAAUAUCGAAUUCAUAAAACCAAAACCAUUUGGUCAUCAAAAUUUGUAAACACUAAAGUUUCCAUUUGAAAAUUGCCUCUACACUAAGCAUUUAAAAAUAUUGAAAUCGCUCUAAACUCUCUUAAAUUUUAUUAAAAUUUUAAUAGUUAACGCAGUCAAAAGUCUCUGACGUAUCGGACAGAUAAUAUAAAUAUAAAAUUAUUUUAUUGAACAUCAUGUAUAAAUUAAAAAAAAAAAAAAAAAUUGUGUUCGCGUUCUAAAUAGAAUGUGUGUUUAAAAUUCUGCCAUUUGCACCGGUUAGUAAUCACAAGAAGCGGUAGUACCGACAGCGACUGCAACAGCAACAACCACUCUAAAUUCUUAGCAGCUAUAGCUUGCAAAGGCAACGGCGGGCAAUGAUGAAAAUAUCUUCGAAAAUUACACCAUCGCAAUCAGUUCGAUAUUAGCUUUCGAGGAAUGCGUUAGGCGGCGUAGUUGCAAAAGCAAAUACACACGCGGCAGAUCCUUUCUAUAUACUCGUGUUGUUCCUACUACUGGAUUACUUCAUAAUUGCAGACGAAAAUAAAUAUUUCAAUUUAAUUUGUGAAGCACCAGAGAAAUUUAUGUGCGAAAUUCAGUCAUUUCGAAAUAGUAACGGUCUAAAAAGUAUUAUCCAAAUCACACAAAAUGAAGUUGCUCGCACGUGCCGACACUUUUAUGUCGUUUACAGUACCCGAUGAUGAGCCUAAACCAAGUGGGAUCGGUCAUCAGUUGCUUGCUGCGCUGAGCGUAUCAAUGGGUUCAUUGGUUGUUGGUUUCUCAUCCGCCUACACCUCUCCAGCUUUGGUAUCAAUGACUGACAGAAAUUCUACGGACUUUGAUGUAACACCACAAGCGGCUUCCUGGGUAGGCGGUCUAAUGCCCCUGGCGGGUUUGGCUGGCGGCAUUGCUGGUGGACCAUUUAUUGAAUAUCUGGGUCGUCGUAAUACAAUUCUCGCUACCGCCGUGCCCUUCGUUAUCUCUUGGCUGCUCAUCGCUUGUGCUGUUAACAUUGCGAUGGUGCUAGCUGGACGUACCCUUGCUGGUUUCUGUGUGGGCAUUGCUUCGCUCUCGUUGCCUGUGUAUUUAGGCGAAACCGUACAACCGGAAGUACGUGGUUCAUUAGGUCUAUUACCUACUGCUUUCGGCAAUAUUGGCAUUUUACUUUGCUUUGUCGCUGGCUCAUAUUUUGAUUGGUCCCAAUUAGCUUUCCUUGGUGGUGCGCUACCUGUGCCAUUUUUGAUUCUUAUGUUCCUCAUACCGGAGACACCACGUUGGUAUAUCUCACGUGGACGUGAAGAUCGUGCACGUCGUGCCUUGCAGUGGCUACGCGGUAAACAAGCUGAUGUUGAGCCAGAGUUAAAGGGUCUUUUGCGUACGCAGGCGCAUGCAGAUAGACACUCAUCAGGCAAUCAAUUAGUAGAGUUGUUACGUCGCAACAAUUUGAAGCCUCUAUCCAUUUCGUUGGGUUUGAUGUUCUUUCAACAACUUAGCGGUAUAAAUGCUGUCAUCUUUUAUACAGUAAUGAUAUUCCAAGAAGCUGGUUCCACCAUUGAUGGUAAUUUGUGCACAAUUAUUGUGGGUAUAGUGAACUUUAUUGCAACAUUUAUGGCAACCGUACUCAUCGAUCGGCUCGGGCGUAAGAUUUUGCUCUAUAUCUCCGAUGUGGCCAUGAUUAUUUCACUCUUCACCCUUGGCGGCUUCUUCUAUUGCAAAGCAUCAGGCAUGAACAUCACCGAGGUUGGUUGGUUACCAUUGGCCAGUUUCGUGAUCUACGUAGUUGGUUUCUCACUCGGUUUCGGACCCAUACCGUGGUUAAUGAUGGGCGAAAUUUUGCCGGCGAAAAUUCGCGGUUCUGCUGCAUCAGUGGCUACCGCUUUCAACUGGACAUGUACAUUCGUUGUGACCAAAACCUUCCGCGACAUGAUUGAUACAAUGGGCGCACAUGGUGCUUUCUGGCUUUUUGGUUCUAUCUGUGUGGUAGGCCUAUUUUUCGUGAUAUUCUAUGUGCCUGAGACACAGGGCAAAACGCUGGAAGAUAUUGAACGCAAAAUGAUGGGUCGUGUGCGUCGCAUGUCCUCUGUAGCGAACAUCAAGCCCUUGUCUUUCAAUAUGUAGAAAGAUGUCACUCAUCGUAUGAUUUACAUACAUAUGCACAUACAUACAUAAAUGCAUACGUGUUAUGAUGCGUAUUCUAAUACAACCAAAUACUAGUUUAAGUGCCUUAAUUUUAAAUUUAGUAGCGCAACAUUGCAGUAAAUAACUUGACCAGUGUGAAGUAAAGUUUGAGAAACGAAGCAGAAAAAGGGUGCGCGUUUAGAAUGUACGAAUAUAAUAUAGUUCUUUAAGCAGCUAGCAAGUCAAAGAAAUUAUGUAGAUGAGAUUUAUAAUAUUAUGAAUGUGAUGUAGUCUAAUAGCCGUUAACCGAAAGGAAAUGUGUGCACUUUUCUGUCGGUUCAUGACAAUUGAUGUUUCCAAAAUUUUUAUCAAGAAAAAUUUAAGUGAAAAAAUGAAAUAUGUUUUAUGAAAAUUGCAUUGUGUUAUUAGUAGUAUUUACAGUAAAAAUGUAGUAGUGACCUAAUUGUGUACUUUCUUUUUAAUUAAAAAUACAUUUUUUUAAUAUUAUUCUAA